UGUAAGAUGAAAUUUGCCGACAGUCACCAGGGAUGGCGGAACGUGAGGAUGGAACAAGUGUCCGGGCUGCUCUCCUGGACGCUGAGCAGGGUCCUAUGGCUCUCAGGCUUUUCUGAGCAGGGAGCCACCAUGGAAGAGAAAGCGCUAUAUGAAGAAGACUGUUUGGUUAUUAUCAAGUUCACACCAACAGCACCUCACUGCUCUUUGGCAAUUCUUAUUGGACUGUGCUUAAGAGUAAAACUUCAGCGGUGUCUACUGUUCAAACACAAGUUGGAAAUCUACAUUUCUGAAGGAACUCAGUCUACAGAAGAAGACAUCAACAAGCAGAUAAAUGACAAAGAGCGAGUGGCAGCUGCAAUGGAGAACCCCAACCUGCCACCCACAUUAAUCAUCAGUCAACAAAAUGUACCACAAGCUUUGCCCACAGGCUAGUCUGGUGGACAUUUUCUCAACUGAGGUUCUACCUCUUCCAAAAUGACUAGCCUGUGUUGAGUUGACAUAAAAGAGUAGCCAGCAUAGACCUCCACAUGUGCGCCAUGGCACAUAGGAACCUGCUUGC